AUGGUGGAUAAAGUGAACUUAUAUUUUAAUUAUGGGGGUGAUGUGCACGUGUUGGGUGGUUAUGAAGUAGACCGUCUCUCUUAUAUUGAUUUGUGUAAAGACUACACUGAAGUGAUAGGAUAUGUUAAGAUACAACAACUGAUAUUUCUUGACCCUUCUGGGAGGUAUUUUUUGUUAGAUGGGGAUGGAGGGAUUAAGAAGAUUCAAGCCCUAAUUAAUGAUGGUUUCACUAAUUAUACAGCAGCAAUAGAUAGUGUACCUGUUGUUGUAGCUUCUAACUGUGAUAGUACUGAAGAUGAUACAGAUAUUGAAAGUGUUGAUAGUGAUUAUGAUAGUGAUGCCCUAGGUUUAUUUGAGAGGCAGAAGAAGUGUGAGGUAACUAACAACCUUGAUAGGUAUAAAACAUUGGAAAAGGGUAUGACUUUCAAAGAUCUUGCUGAAGCUAAGGAGGUUAUUGGUUAUUAUGCUGUGUCUAAUAAGAGGGGCCUUAAGGUAGAUAAGAGUGAUAAGAGAAGACUUAGAUACAAGUGUCAGAUAGGGUGUCCCUUUAAAUGUCUUAUUUCUAAGGAUGGCAAAGAUCAAGGGGUAAAGAUAAAAACUUGGAGGGAUGAACAUGACUGUGGUGAAGUCUUUGAGAACAAAAGAGCUACUCCUGUUGCUUUAACACAUUAUUUUAAGAGAAAGAUUCAAAAUAAUCCUAAGUUUAAGAUUAAAGAGAUGAAGGUUGAUUUAGAGGAUAGAUUUAGUUUGAAUGUGAGUGACUCAAAGUUAAAAAGGGUAAAGAGAAUGGUUUUAGAGAAAUUGGAGGGUUCUUACUUGGAUGAGUACAACAAAUUGGAGGCAAUGGAGGAAGGUAAGAGAAGAUUUUUGAGGAUGUAUGUCAGUUUCCAAGCCCUCAAGAGUGGAUUCAAAGCAGGUUUGAGACCUUUUAUAGGUCUAGAUGGAACAUUUUUAAAAGGCAAAUGCAAAGGGAUGUUGUUAGUUGCUUGUUCCCAAGAUUCUUGCAAGCAUUUUUAUCCACUAGCUUGGGCUGUAGUGGAUAAGGAAACAAAGACAACCUGGCAGUGGUUCAUGGAGAACUUAAAUGUCUUAUUCCUUCAACUCUUGGAUUCUUAA